AUGGGAAAUGAGAAUGCAACAUCAUGGACAGAGUUUCUUCUCGUGGGCCUCGUGCAUCUGAGGACACCCAACAUCUUCUUUGGUGCAAUUCUUCUCAUGGUUAUUAUUGCUUUGCUGGGAAAUGGUCUCCUCCUGGUCCUGAUCCAAAGAGACUCCUCACUUCACGCCCCAAUGUAUUUUUUCCUCAGCCAACUGGCCUGCAUAGAUGUGGGCCAAAUCCUCGUUAUUGUCCCUAAAAUGUCUGCAAACUUUUUAGCCCACAGAAACACCAUCUCGCUCGGCGGCUGUGUGGCACAGAUUUUCCUCACGUUGACCGGGGGAGGCGCAGAAUGCCUGGUCCUGGCCGCCAUGUCUUACGACAGGUACGUGGCCAUCUGCAGGCCCUUGCAGUACCCAAUCCUCAUGCGGAGAACAACCUGCCUCAUCAUGACGGCUGGGAUCUGGUCUUUGUCAAUGCUUUCCAUCAUGCCCAUUGCGAUUUUUGUCCAGUCUCUGCCUUACUGUGGGUCAAAUGUGAUUGAGCACUAUGGUUGUGAUUUCCCAGCUUUACUGAAAUUGUCCUGCGCUGACACCUCAGCCUUUGAAAAACUGGUAUAUCUUGAUGACGUGGUGAUACUUCUCCUCCCUAUCUCGGCCAUUGUUGCCUCUUACAUCACCAUCCUUGCGCAAGUGCUGGGCAUGCGCUCAGUCAAAGGAAGACACAAGGCCUUAGGGACUUGCAUGUCCCACCUGUGUGUGGUGGGGCUCUUCUAUGGGGCAGCUGCACUGACAUACACCGUCCCAGUAUCCUCCUACUCUGCACAAAGGGCCAUGAUCUACUCAAUGUGUACCACCAUCAUCCCUCCAAUGCUGAAUCCUUUUAUAUACAGCCUACGCAACAGGGAUGUUCUAGCAGCCCUAAGGAAACUCUUCCUGAAGUGUGCCCCUCAUAAAUAA